GCUUCUUCGACAUUGAAGAUGCCUGGAUUUGGGCACCAGGACCAUCAACCCGGACCUAUGUGCUAAAUCAUUUGGAUUUCUGGAUUGUUAUGAGUGCGCUGAAGCCGCGGCAAAAGGCCAGAAUACCCGGAUCAUGACGUCCUCCGAACAAUGGGGGACAUUCCUCCAUCAGUGUCUGAUGCAUCGCAUCGAUGCAGCCGAGUUCAAGAACCUGUCAAAGCUCCUCCUACAAAAAUGCCCCAUAGGCGAGACGCCGCUCUUGAACGUGCUGCUCGAGACGCGCUUGGCAACCGGUAUCAAGUGGGAUCCUUUGCUCCCGCUCUAUGUAGACUGCCUCUGCAAAAUGGGCCAGGUGCAGACGUCGACGGUGUUGCACUCGCUGCUGAAAUACUCGUCCAUUCAUGAUCGACCGUUCUCGGCCGACUCGGAGACGGCUGCCAACCCCAAGAAGCCGUCGAAAUGCUAUACGUUCAUGACGGAUAUCCGAAUCAUCCAAGAUGCGAUGCUCUCCAUCUCCACGGGGCACGCCCCAAAGAGCCUGGCCGAGGCCGUCGGCAUCCUUGCUGCCAUCGUGGAUUGGAUGCAGGCCGUCGUCUCUUGGCACAACAAUCACCUAGAUGCCAGCCAGCAGGCGGAAGGGCUGCUGAGCUCCCCGGACGCGGUCUCCUUGUUCGAGUCGCUGGGAAUUCUUCUGGCAGCUUUGUCUGGUACGACUAGAGGCUUGGACGUUUUGUCCUCGAAUUCGCACGAAGCGCUGAAGGUGAAACUGGGCCAGGCUCUAUCGGGGUACCUGCCUCUCUGUAUGGAGGUCUCGCUGGCCCUGCGGAACAGAUUGGACAGCCUGCAGAAGGAAUUUAAUCUGUACGGAGAACCGCAUUCCAAGUCCUUGGAAGAAUCCAUGAUGGACAAUGUGAACGUGAAUGCGCUACAAUUCGAGGCUUCCGUGAUGGAUGGCCCUAUAAUAAACUCGAGAGCUGGUCUCUGUAUUUAUAUUAACGCGAUGCUUGCGGGCCGUCCGUUGGUCGAUGACACUAUGAUGCUCAAUUUUCUGACCAAUCGAUACGGCGGUCAUAAUGAGGUGCUGAUCGAGGAGAUCAUAACUGCCGCCUUCGACGUGCUUUCCAAUGCAAUGUAUCGCAACGAAUCCAGUCGGACGAUGUUUCUGUUCCGUUCGUUCUUGGUUAACAAACUCCCGGGCUUUUUUGCCGCCAUGCUCGCGGCAUCGGUAGUGUCCCUACCGAUGGAGUUAUGCAUCAGUCAUGCGCUAAGCCGGUUGGAUCCCCGGAUCUUCCCGUCUUUCUCGCAGAUGUUUUCCAUGCAGGGCAGCACAGUCCUGUCGGAUGUGCGCCAGGAGUUUCUGUUUGCCUGCGCUUCUCACAAAUUGAUACCCGAGUCCAGCAUUGAACGGUUACUCGGCGAGAACCCCAUGCAGACUGUUCCCGUCGGGCAUAACAAAGACCACCUUGUGUCGCAGAUCAACAUGCACCCAGAGCGCACUGAGCAGUUGAUCGGUGAAAUUGAAUCUACAGAGGGGAAUGCGGGAGCGAUUGUUGGUGCCAUCACCGAGGUAAUGUUCAACCUGUGCAACCAGAAAGAGACCAUGACUCUGAAGAAUAUAUGCAACUCGCUCUCCCGCCGCCCGCAAGCUCUGGAUGUGAUCCUGCUGUUCCGAAGCCCAAGGCAGAUACUACAACCUCUUUGUGCUUUGCUGGAUUCAUGGCACUGGGACGAAGAUCAAGGGGAGAGUCAGCCUGUAUACGACGAAUUUGGAAGCAUUCUGCUCUUGGUGCUAACCUUUAAAUAUCGAUACGACUUGAAACCAUACGACCUUGGGAUCGGAAACAAUGACUCGUUUGUUUUAAAAUUGCUUGAGCGUGGAUCCUGCAGCCAGAAGCUAGAGGAUCUGAACGAGAAGCAAAAUAAAAACCUCGCGUCGUGGAUUGGUGCCUUAUUUAUCGCAGAGGGCAUCAGUGAGGAAACCAUGUCGGCUUGUAGUCCACAGGAAUUUUAUCUUCUUGUGGCCACUUUAUUUGACCAGAGCUUGGGAGCUUGUGAAGCGGGGAAAUUGGAAUUCGAAACGCUCAAAGGAGGAUUUGAAUAUUUGCUUGAACCAUUCCUUCUUCCGUCACUAGUGGUUGCUUUAGCCUGGCUGGGCAAUCAUAUCUGGGAAAGCGAAAAUGAUCCCUCUAUACCCUUGAAAGCGCUACAUUCUCUCGUGAGCCCCAGUUCGAUCUCUGGAGAGGCGAAGGAGAUCCAUCGGACGGUGUUGAACAUCACCGCGCGUCCUCUAGAAGAGCAACUGAAAGAUAUCCGGACGCGUCAGCAGUCCCGCACGGAUCUCAAACCCAUCCUCGACGCUCUUGAACCCUGCCUUUCUUUCCAGCGGACCGGCAGCUGUGGCCGUUCCGAGCUGGAUGGCUGGACCCAAGCUCCUGGCUCCCUGCUCGGUAGCAUUCGGAGCACGUUCCAAGCACUCAUGCUCUGGAGCACCAGCCCGGACGUGAGCAUGACGCCGUCCGCGUAUACCCACCGGCAGCUCAUCGCCGGCAUUCGCAUUUUGGGCUCCGUACGCGUUCUUGGAGCCCUCAUCGAGGAGCUGAAGCUGCAGACGGAGGCCGGCAACGGCCCGCUUACCAUCGACAUCGCGGCGACGAUGAUCUGCUCGCCGCUGGCCGAGUCCUUCGCCGUCGAGCAGAGCCACUACCACCCGGUCGAUCCCAGCAAGGAGGCGCUGCCGCGCUGCCCGAUCCUGACCCUCCGCGACGCGCUCCUCAUCCAGCACGAGAACGUGGCCAAGAUGUCGGAGAAGGAUCCGCUGCGGGCCGAAAUCGUCGUGCGCCUGCAGCGCCGCGUGAACGCCCUGACGGCGCCGACCACCCAGAUGCCCAACCUCGACAUGAGCAACAUCAUCCAGAACAUGCAGCUCGGCGUCGAGGGCCCCGGACAGAUGGAUCUGGAGCCUUCGGGGGCCGGCCCUGAGGUCGGCGAAGACGACGCGACCAACCUCACCCGCAUCAUGGGCAACGCGGCGGCGGCCGUGGGCAUGGACGGCGGCGUCGGGCAGAACAUGGGCGGAGGUCUCGACACCAACAUCGACGACAUGUUGAGUGCGGCGGACAUGACGGUGGGAAAUCCGGAGUUUCUGGAUCUCGACAUGGAGGGCAUGUUCUAAUGUGAGGGGGUUGUGUCCCGAAUUGGACAUGAAGUCUUGAAUACCAUUGAUUUAUUUCCACUCCGAAGCAUACAUGUGAUAUCAAUAAUCCGUUCCAUUUUACAACGCAUCAAAUGUUCAUCCAAAAAAAG